AAUUCAUUAUCAAACCAGAAUUCUUAAACAACAGCAAAACAAAUUUCUUGUAAAUGAUGGCUUCAAAAAUUAAAAGGGCAGUUAACGUCCAUUCCACAAACGUGACAUCGGACAAUCCCUCGCGUUACGAAAUGCUAUCCUGGGUAAAUAACACUUUGAAGGCCCAGUUUGCGAAGAUCGAGGAGCUGUGCACCGGAGCGGCAUACUGUCAAUUCAUGGACAUGAUGUUCCCCAACUCGAUGCCGAUCAAGCGCAUCAAGUUUCGCACAAAUCAGGAGCACGAGCACCUACACAAUUUCAAGAUCCUGCAGGCGGGCUUCAAGAAAGUGUCAGUGGAUAAGGUCGUUCCCAUCGACAAGCUGAUCAAGGGACGCUUUCAGGAUAACUUUGAGUUCCUCCAAUGGUUCCGCAAGUUCUUCGAUGCCAACUACGAUGGCCGAGCCUACGAUCCAGUGGCCGCCCGGAAUGGAGUCACCAUGGGUUUCGGAGCAAGUCAUUUCGGGCCUAAAGGUCAGAAAUCCUCGCCCAAGUCCACGCCUCGAUGUCAAACCCCGGAAAGGUCCUCCACCACUUUUGAUCCCGUGGAGGCCAAUACGGAAAUCAAGGAGGAAUUCUCGCUACUUUCUCAGCAACUCGAGAACGGUCCCGAAGAAAUAAAGGAUAUGGAAAGGGAACGAGAUUUCUACUUCAAAAAACUACGUGACAUUGAAGUUCUCUUUCGGAGGCACAGAGUUGAUGCCACGGCAAGGCCUAUUUAUGAGAAAGUUCUAAAGAUUAUUUAUGCCGACAACCCCACCUCACUUACACCAAAUUAAUAUUUCCAACCUCAAAACGUUUUCGAAAUUUGUAGUUCUUUCUUUUUAAUUUAUUACUUAAAUGAGUGUCUCACAAUUUUUCACUUUGCACUCAAAGAUUAUGGUUUGCGUAUUCCAAAAAUUCCAAAUAAUAAAUUGAUAAUGCUCGAUCUAUGGAAUAA